GCUGAGCGAGGGAAGAGCUUCGUCGAACCUCGAAGAAUUCACCGAAUUUUGCUCUAAAUCAAUGUCUAAAAUCUGCGAAAGCAUUURUCCAUAGCUACUAUGUAGUGAUGGAUAAUGUAUGGAUAAUUUGAAGCUAGCGAAGAGAGAAGGAGCUGAGUUCUAACGAGAAGACCUACGAAGACCAUCAAGAAUGGAUGACCGAAACCCUCUCGCCGCAAACGAAAAUUUGACAAUUAUGGUUAUCAUGAUGACGCUGACUACUAUGGCGGUGCUGCGGUAGAUGAUGAAGACAUGAGUGGAGAAAGAGGCUGUUACUUCAGAGAUGGCAAGAGACAAAUUGACUAUGUCUUGGUAUAUGAGGAGGAUGACAAGGAGGAGGACCCUCAAAUUCUGGAAUACCGAAGGAAAUUUCUUGAGAACUUAGAAAAGUCUCAGUUAGAGUUUGAAGAGGAAAUUACUGAAGACAAGAAGGUCAAAGUACACUUUAUCAAAGUUCAUGUUCCUUGGGAAGUACUUCUAUUCUAUGCUGAGGAACUUAGUUUCAGGGCACCACUAGAGAUCCGUACAACAAGGAAGAUCAACUGGUCAGAGCGCAUGUUGGAAAAGUUUCGAUUGCCCAAUAUAUUCAAAGAAGAUGUACCCAAUCCUCCUCCUGACUUCUUCACAUGUACAUUCCAAGCAAGCAAACUGGGAAAGUUUAUUGGAAGCGACAACCCAGACACAUACUUCACCGAUGUUGAGCGUGUUAGAGUUGUUUAUGAAAUUAUGGAAACAGCGCCAUAUGGAAAACGUCAGAGAGGAGAAAUUGGUGUUGAACGUCUUGUAGAAGAAGGAGUAUUCAAGGCUGGUUACCCACUUCACGUGGGCCCAGCAGAAUUACCCAAAGAAUUUCAUGAAGGACCCCAUGGACCCGAGGAAAUUAAACUGAAUAAAAGACAAGUUCUUAAAGAAUACUGGGCAAGAUGGGGAAAAUGGUACAAGUACCAGCCACUGGACCACAUCAGGGACUACUUUGGGGAAAAGAUUGGGAUUUAUUUUGCAUGGCUUGGUCAGUACACUGCCUGGCUAAUCAUGCCAUCGUUUGUUGGUUUACUGGUAUUCUUGUACGGUGCUGCGACUGUUAAUAGUCCAGACAACAAACCAGCUCUUGAAGUCUGUGAAGCCCCUGCAUGGACCUUCAAAAUGUGUUCCCUGUGUGAUGAAGAGCUUGGUUGUCAGUAUUGGGACUUGAAAAUAAGUUGUGGAUCAGGCAAGGUUGCCUACAUGUUUGACAACGCCGCGACGGUGUUGUAUGCUAUAUUUGUCUCUUUCUGGGCAUGCUUCUUCCUUGAGUACUGGAAGAGGAAAGAGGUGACUUUAGCUUACCACUGGGAUGUGCUGGAGUACGAGGAGGAAGUGGAGCGGCCACGGCCUACGUUUGCAGCACUCGCGCCGACAGUAGAACGGAACCCUGUGACGGGAAUUUUAGAACCGCACUUUCCUGACGAGAAACGAAAACCUCGUUUGCUGUCGGGUAUCGCGAUUGUCAUCACCAUGGUUUCGCUAGUGUUGGUGUUUAUGGUUGGUGUAAUUGUCUACAAACUGCUGGUCUAUAGACCGCUGGCUCGUAACCCUUCCACGAGAAAAUACGCUCUCCAAAUUGCUAACGCGUCUGGUGCCUUUGUCAACUUGACAAUUAUCAUGAUUCUUAGCAGGGUAUAUGAACGCGUUGCGUUGGCUCUCACUCACUGGGAAAUGCACCGGACUCAGACAGAAUAUGAAGACAACUUGACUUUCAAGGUGUUUGUKUUCCAGUUUGUGAACUUCUACUCGUCCAUCUUCUACAUCGCCUUCUUCAAGGGAAAGUUGGUUGGAUAUCCAGGUCACUAUCGCCGUCUUUUUGGUCUUCGCCAAGAAGAGUGCAGUCCUGGUGGAUGUCUAAUGGAGCUUGCACAACAGCUUGUCAUCAUUAUGGUUGGCAAACAGAUGAUCAACAAUGUCCAGGAGAUAGCCAUUCCAAUGAUCAAAGCCUACAUGAAACGAAGGAAGCGCGGUACCACCAAAGGCGAGAUCAAACCUCGAUGGGAACAAGACUACGAACUCGUCGAGAACGAGGGUCUCUUCCAGGAAUAUCUUGAGAUGGUUCUGCAGUUUGGUUUCAUCACUAUCUUUGUCGCUGCCUUCCCAUUGGCUCCUUUCUUCGCUCUUGCAAACAACAUCUUCGAAAUCCGUAUCGACUCGGAUAAGUUUGUGUGCGAAGUACGUCGACCCAUCGCUGACCGGGCGCAGGAUCUUGGAAUUUGGUUUGAUAUAUUGGACACUGUAGCCAAGAUCGCUGUCAUAAGUAAUGCUUUCCUGAUUGCCUUCACGUCAACMUUCCUUCCCAAGGUGCUUUACCGGUAUAGAAUAUCGGACGAUUAUUCGUUAACAGGCUUCACUAAUUUCUCCCUGGCCUGGUCGCCAGCGAAUACAACUAGGGAGCCAUGUCGUUAUCAAGAAUAUCGAGAUCCACAGGGACAUUUCACUAGAUUCUACUGGCAUCUUCUUGCAUUACGGCUCGGUUUUGUCAUCAUAUUUGAGCAUUUCGUGUUCUUCGUGAUGAGACUCAUCGACAUGAUGGUGCCAGAUGUGCCAACAGCCCUUGAAAUCAUCAUAAAACGAGAAGCCUAUCUCGCCAAGCAAGCCCUAGCCGACCAUCACAGCCUUAGCGGACAAUCAGGAGGGGAAAGUGCACCAGAGGUCUGGUAACUAAUGCUUGCACCGUGACGUCAUGGAUGAUGACAGCAACACGAAGGUCAUUGUCUUGGAAUGCACAUGAUGAUGUUAAAUGGCGUACAUUAAUAUACUAACUCAUAUCUGCUAACAUACUAGGGUUAUUGGUGUUCUAGAAAGACACUUGUGCCAUUUURACCAUUUGUAUUUGGGGGACCUGGGAGUGACAAAUUUAUCAACGAAAUUCUGUCGAAUCUUGGCGAUAAAUUAUCCUAAUUGGCCACGGUUUACAACUAGCUGAACUUGACUGAUCUCACAUAGAUAUGUAUGAUUAAUGAGAAAAGUCCCAGUUUAUUUGUUUCCCUAAGACGACUUAGUGCCUAGUGUCUAUAUAAUCCCCAGAACCGCGAAAAUGCGUUUUUCCUAGCCUCCUUCCCAGGCAACUCUUUUUUUUCCUCCUUUUGGCUUCCUUUGUAGUGGUCAUCUUGACCACUAGGGACUAGUGACGAGAUAGAAACACAGGAAGCCCGUGAUGCUUGAUGAUGCCUGUGGAGGAGGCUACGUUUUUCCAUUGUUAUGUUUUCCAAACUUAAACAAUGGUAAAACCAAGUGUUUUCGACGAUCAUAAGGACAUUGGUUUUUUUUAUUAACGUCGAAUUACUUCCAUGUAUAACUAUGUCAACACUUAAAAAGAGCAGUUGCACCUACUUGCAGAAACGUUGCCAAAGAAAACAGAACAUUUGAAUUUAGUAAAAAGGAAUAAAUUGAAACAAGAUAAAAGAGAGCUCUCAGACUCAGUGAUCUUUCUUUGUCUUUUUAAUUUAUUCCUUUUUACUAAAUACAAAAGUCCUAUUUUCUAUGACAACGUUUCUGCAAGUAGGCGUAUAUGGGAAAUUUUAUAAUAUCCAUUUUGGAAAAUUCGAAUACCAGAAGUGUACCAUCGUUCGUACAACAAUACAUUGCUUUGCUAAUUCUUGUAAGUUGGAGAGGUUGGAAAUYGUGACAGAUUACACAAUUACAGGCAUUUUUCGGCCUUUWUARAAUUUUGGAUUUUUUUCUGUGAMUAUAGUAACUUCAAUUUUGUCUACAAUAUAACAUGUCGCUCUAGAACAACAGAAUUCAUUUUGUGCUAGAUAAUWUUAAUUGAUAUUUAUAGAUAGAUAAAAUCAAGCUAAGAGAUGAUGCAUGUGGGAAUUUGUUGGUACUAACCAUAAUUCUUGGGCUUCCUGUCCUUAUUUGAGACGAAACGCACACCUAGUUCAGAAUAUUGGACAGCGAGGCAAAGGAAGCUCAACUCGAKAUCAUUCAAACGCGUUCAUUUUUGCAUUAAUUAGAAAUGUUGGCCACAAGGAUAUAUCUCUUAUGUCUAACGAAAUAGAGCUUGAAGGCGAAUUAAUUGUAAUUUUAGAAWAUUGGUCAGGCUUGGGUUUCCUGUGUACACAGGUAUCCCAAUUAGAAUCGUAUUUAUCUGACAAAUGUACUUAUCAGGGAUACUGAUAUUUUAUUAUGCAUUAUUGGGCCCUGGAUGGUCUUGGUGCAAGGGAUAUUUAUUUACAAGGCUUUAAAAGUCCUUUUAUUAAAUUAUAAAUGGAUUAUUUAUUAUUAAAUUAUAGCACGGUAUUAAAAGGUUACUAUUUA